UUAUUCGGCCAAUAUUAAACUUCUCUCUUUUUUUUUUAAACUCUAUACAAUUACGUUUUACAAAUACUCUUAAGGAAUGAAUAGAAUUUUGAACUUUACAUUAUUGACUCGUUGGUUUGUUUACUAUUGUGACGUCAUCGGUGAGCUCAUGUUUCUUAUUUUAUUGCUUUUCUUUUAUUACCCCGUGUGCGCAGCUGUACAAACAACUAGGGAAAUGUUUGUACAACAGUGUCGCAAUGGGGUGUCAAACAACAAUCGAUAGAUCUCCACACGGGAUACCGCAGCUGUGUCCACUUUUGAGGGGGUUUUUCUGUCCAUUUUUUCACGGUCAUAUUUAACCGGAUCCAAUUGCCAAAUAAUAUUUUUGUUUUUAUCGCCAAGCGGAGCGGUUUAUGUAAAUAACAUUUGUUUAUUUAUUUUUUAGUAUUUGUAUUGCGCCAUCGAUUAGACAAUCGUUAAAUGGCGCAUCCCAAAGGAAAAAGUUUGAUAAUUGUGCUUAGCAAGCGAGUGUUGUGUGAUUUAGUCGUACCGUGUCACGCGAUCGUCAUCCGUUUUCUUUCGAUUUAAGAAACAAAACAAAAAAGUCAAUCGGGAAGUUGACCAGUUUUUCGUGAUGGGUCGUACUGUCCUAUCCGACUCUCCCCAUUUCGUCGACAUUGUUUUGGUAGUAACCCGAGUAUCAGAAAUGCAAUCAACCGCCCGAGGUUUAACAGAGUCAACUAGACGAGUGCGUGAGUGAGCGGGAAUGCAGCGUUCUACACAAACGAGCGCAUGUUGGUAGGACGGACCCGAUUACUUCUUUCCCUUUUGUUUUGUUUAACUUGAGGAGUUUAUAGGACUGGAAGAAAUGGUAUAAAAACCGGAAGGAAAUCAUGUCAUAUCGUUCAGUCGUUGUGACGCUCAAUGGAUGUGUGUCCGUAGUAUUUUUUGAUUCAUUGAAAUUGUUGUGAUUUUAUUUGUCGUCAUCAUGGCCGAUAUGAGCGCAUUCGUCCCGAAGAAGAUGGCCGAAUGGGAGAGGAAAGUGGACCAUUUAAUUUGGCAAAUUGAAGUCACAUCCGAUGAGAAAUGGGAGGAACUCACCAAACUUCAAGGCCUUAUCGUGGUGGACGUCUACUCCGAGUGGUGCGGGCCGUGCACGGCCAUGGCCACCUACUUGAAAGAGAUUAAACUUCUCUUGGGCGAUGAUUUCCUUCAUUGCGCCUUGGCAAAAGCGGAUUGCAUUAGCCAACUGGAAAAGUUUAGAGGCCGCAGCGAACCAACUUGGCUAUUUUUGGCCGGUGGCGAACCAGUUGUGCUGAUCAGAGGCGCUAACGCCCCACUCAUCCGGAAAACAUUGUUCCAGGAAUUACAAACAGAGAAGGAAGUGCUGGAAGGAACCCGCCAACGGGUUACGAUUUCAUGGGACAGUAUCGACUUGCCAGUCGUUAAACCUGAAAACGAGAAUUACAACAAUGCUUUAUUGACGACUGCGCCGGAUAACUGGUGGGAGCUUGAUGGGUUGACAUUGCAAGGAUCGUAUCCGUUAAUCAUAGAUAAAUUGAUGGAGGGAUUUGUCGAACGAAAUUUGGAAAUUGUCGCCACAUCAGCCGUUCAAGUCGAUAAGAAAGAUUGCCUCAUUUUAUGGUUCCCCACUUACGUCGAUUAUUUAAGUUUAUCGGAUUGGUUCGAACACAAACUGAAAACUCUCAUCGCCGAAGUUGAACCAAAGAAGGUGAUAAUUAAACCAGCACGUGACGAAGAUGAACUAGAAGAACAAAUCGAAGGGUUGAAUUUGGAGGAUUUGAUUGGCAUUCCUGACGAUAAUUCUCCCGUAAUCGAAAUCGAUCCGGAAGUAUCAGAUUACGAACCCAUUCAAUAUCGACUGAUAUCGGACCCCGACGAAAAAGAUUCGUUAAUCAAACGAAUAAGUAAAAGAACGACAGAAGAUGUCGAGUCUAGUGUUGAAGUGGACGAAGACGAAGAAAUUAAUUAAAAGCAGGAGCUUAAGUUAAUUGAUUAAGGGUAGAAUCAGUUGUAAAUAGUUUACCCACAAAGUCCCACCUCAGGUUUAGCUUCCAAUAACAGAAGAAAAGAUGUAAGGCCUACAAAUAAAUGUUCUAUCCGCCUGCAAAAUCUAGCAAAGGUGUACGGUGGCAAGAUACUAAAAGUAAUAAUACACUCGGCACGGCAGUAUCUGCACGCUAUAACUUUUUA